AUGCAAUUAAGUUGGAAAGAUAUAUCGGCCGUUCCUGAGGCCAAUGACCUCUUGGAUAUUGUGCUAAAUAGAACCCAACGUAAGACACCUACCGUUAUCAGACCGGGUUUUAAGAUUCAACGUAUUAGAGCGUUUUACAUGAGAAAGGUGAAGUUUACUGCCGAAGGUUUUGGUGAUAAAUUUGAUGCUAUACUACAAGGUUUCCCUAAUAUUAAUGACCUUCAUCCCUUCCAAAGGGAUUUGAUGGAUACGUUGUACGAGAAGAAUCAUUAUAAGGUGUCAUUGGCAUCCGUUUCCAAGGCUAGAACCUUGAUCGAGAAAAUUGCUCGUGAUUAUGUCAGGUUAUUGAAGUUCGGUCAGUCUCUUUUCCAGUGUAAAGAGUUAAAAAGGGCCGCCCUUGGUCGUAUGGCCACUAUGGUUAAAAAGCUUAAGGAUCCACUUCUUUAUUUGGAACAGGUUAGACAGCAUUUGGGCCGUCUACCUUCGAUCGAUCCUAAUACUAGGACUUUAUUGAUAUGCGGUUAUCCUAACGUGGGUAAGUCGUCUUUCCUUAGGUCAAUCACCAAAGCUGAUGUUGAAGUGCAACCUUAUGCGUUCACCACUAAAUCUUUGUAUGUUGGACAUUUCGAUUAUAAGUAUUUGCGAUUCCAAGCUAUAGAUACCCCAGGUAUUCUUGACAGGCCUACAGAGGAGAUGAAUAACAUAGAGAUGCAGUCUAUCUAUGCCAUUGCGCAUUUGAGAUCGUGCGUUUUGUACUUUAUGGAUGUUUCAGAACAGUGUGGUUUCUCUAUUGAAGACCAAGUGAAGCUCUACAAUUCUAUCAAACCUUUAUUUGCGAAUAAGUCCGUUCUUAUUGUUGUUAACAAGGCCGAUAUCAUUAAGCUUGAAGAUCUUGAUGACGAGAAACAGCAGCUUGUUCAGACAAUGCUCGAUGUUCCUGGUGCUGAAAUCAUGCAAACUUCCUGUUUCGAGGAAGAGAACGUCAUGCAGGUGAGAAACAAAGCUUGCGAGAAAUUACUUGCUUCAAGAAUUGAGCAGAAGCUAAAGGGAUCUGCUAGAGUUAGCACUGUACUCAACAAGAUUCAUGUGUCCAAGCCACAAGUUCGUGACGAUUUGGACAGGCCUGCUUACAUCCCAGAGGCUGUUAAAAAACAGCAGAAGUUUGAUCCAAACGAUCCAAACAAGCAUAUAUUAGCUAGAGAAAUCGAAGCCGAGAAUGGAGGCGCUGGUGUCUACAACAUCAACCUCAAGGACAAGUACAUUCUAGAGGAGGAAGAGUGGAAGAAUGAUGUGAUGCCAGAAGUUCUCAAUGGCAGAAACGUUUACGAUUUCUUGGAUCCAGAUAUCACUGAUAAAUUACAGUUGUUGGAAGCUGAAGAGGAACGGUUGGAGAAGGAAGGAUUUUACGACUCAGACGAUGAAGAGAAUGCAUUACUUAAAACACCAGAGGCCAGAGAUAUUCGCAAGAAGGCCAGAUGGAUUCGAAACAAGCAAAGAAUGAUGAUCUAUGAAGCCAGACAAAGAAAGGCUCUCAACAACAAGGCUUUGUUACCAAGAUCUAAGUUGACGAAGUCAUACAAGGAUAUGGAGAAUCAUAUGUACAUGGUCGGCCAUGAUGUUGGUAAAUUAAGAGCUAAGAAGGAGGCAUCACAUAAGAAUGUGACGGUCGCGGGAGCAGACAUAAUGCGUGCAUCGAUGUUGUUGAACGACUCCGGGGAAUCAUUCUCCUCUACUCUCAGACAGUCUGAUCGUUUACAUGCUGGUGUUAACGAUGCUUCCCUUAGAUCGAAGGCUGAGAGAUUGAAUAAGCUACAAAGAAGAACGAGGAACAUGCAAGCCAGGGCAGGUGAGUCCGAUAGAAGAAUUCCAGACGAGAUGCCUAAGCACUUGAACUCCGGUAAGCGUGGUAUUGGUAAGACCCAGAGACGUUAA